AUGAUGUACGUAAUGUGGCAGAUCAGACCAAAAAAUGAAGUUGUCGACGUAUCAUCCUUAUAUGCGGGUGCAUCCACAUGGUUUAGUAUUAAGCUUCAUCAUGGUGGGAAGUUUACUAAGUUACCUAACAUAAAGUAUAUUGGAGGUGAAGUGCGUUAUGUUGAUUAUGUGGACAUAGAUGAGUUUUUUGUACAUGAACUUGAUGCCAUAAUGCUUGAUGACCUAGGUUACCCAGACCCACGGAUGAUUGAAUUGACUGAUGUAUCCCAGUGA